AUGGAUGAGAAGAUGAGGCGGUUACCGCCGUGGAUGCUUGCCGGCGCGUCCUCCGAUGUACCAGCUACAAGCAAUCGGAGAGACAGCAAAAGGAAACAUGAACCAGAAGAAGCUCCCAAGGAAAAAGCCGAGAAACGACCGAGAAGAAUCGUGAAACCCAAAGAGAGAGAUGAUUCAGAGAAGGUGGGAAUCAAGACAAGAGGAGGAGAACGAGUUCGUAGUAACAAAAUCGGAGAAGAAGAAGAAGCUAAGCCUAGUAUUGGCGAUGGCAAGAAUCCAGAGAUUAUUCAAUCUGUGACUGGUCCAGGAGAUGGAGAUCUCACAGUUGAUGAUUUAUUAAUCUUUGCUCAGGAGUACGUCAAAGGUGAAGAAGACCAGGCAAUAGAGGAUCGUGAAGGCUUGUCAAUAUCUGAAUCCAGGGAAGUGGUGGAUGAAUCAAACAUGAGAUUAUCAUCUCAAGGAGGAACAAGAGAUCCAACAGCAGAUGACAUGUUAAGUCUGCUAUUAGGUCCUUUUUUCAAAAAGACUUAA